AUGAUAGCUUUUGACGAAACUUUCACUGAGGACUGUCUUCUCAAGCAGACCACGCUCGGCGAUGACCUGUCCUCCCAGAAUGUGCUCCUAAUCCGGCGUCUUCGUCCUGCCAGGAGAUCGGUAACCUUGUCCGUGACGAGCAACGACAGGAUAGUCCAGGAGGUCUUCGAAGAGGGCGAGGCCCCCAAGCAGGCCCAGCCCAUCCACCGCAUCCGCGCCAAUUUGUCAGUCAAGAUCUGA